UGUUAUAUAUUGUAAUUUUUAAUUACCAACAAACUACCAAUAAUUCACACUUUUAAAACUACACGUUUAAAAAUUUUAAAUUUCCUUUCUUUGAUUUAAAAUCUACUAUAAAAAACUAAUUAAGUAAUAUCUAAAUGGGUUUUUAGUAAAUUAUGUGGCCUAAAGUUUAUUAGACAUUUUUAAGGAAAUGGAGUUUUUUUUCGAUUUUGAACAACUGCCUUUAAAGUCAGAAUAUCUUUACACUAAAGCAAAAAAAAUACAUUUGCAUGAAAGUGAAAAUUCAUUUUUAAUAUCGUGGAACGGUUGUAAUACAGUAUUAUAUCCUUUGGAAAGUCAAACAAUUGGAACGUUGUUUAACCCUACAGAUUACGUGAUUAUACCACUAAGUAAUCCAGUUUCUUCAGUUUUAACAUUUCAGUCAAAACUUAUUUGUAUUGUCGAAAAUGGAACCAUGUAUCAUCUUAAAAAUAUUCACCGAUACUCUCCUGAUUUAUUCGAUGACUGUUCACUGGUUUCUCAGGCGACACAAGAACCGCUUUCCUGUAGUUAUGAAUGGACGUCUAUUUUUAAACAAAAAUUCCUUUGUAAGGUUAAAGCAGCGACUUUUUACUCAGAAGGAAUAGUGUUGGUCAUAGAAAUUGGAGAUAGGAUUGAACUUCAAUUUUUAAAAAUUGCAUUUGAUGUUAAUAAUGAAUUUUUAGUAAUUCCUGUUUCACAUAAACUUGUCCACUAUCAAAAAGAGCAAACCUUUGUAGUAGAUUCUUUCACAUCUUGUAUCUGGAAGAAAUACAUAAGUGUCGACCGAGCUAAAAUACUAUUUAAAUCAAUUGAACUCGGGUGUAAAGAUGUUCUCCUGCUGGCAUCAAACAACUCAAAAAUUUAUGCUACUACAUCUGAUACUACUAAUGUUAUGACAUUUUUAGACUUUCCACAAAAAAUAAUUCAUACUCAAUUUUUAAACACAGGAUCAAAAAAACUUAUUUUUAUAACAGCUAAUGGAAUACUUAUGGUUAUACAUUGCGAUGUCCAUACAUUGCCUUCAUACAUUUGUCUUCCUGUCACUCGAGUAGAAUGUGCACUCAUUGUUGAUUAUACUGUAAUUGUAAGUGACAGUAUCAAUCUAUUACUCGUUACGUUAGAUGAACAAUUUUCUACUAUCAGCAGACAAGUUGUAACUCCUUUAAAAGGAAUUUUAUCACUACGUCGGUUUAAAGAUUAUACUAUAGCUUUUACGCAACUUCAUAAAGUUUACAAGUUGUCCUCGGCAUAUCAUAAUAUUGUUAAAAAAGAAAAAGACUCCAAAUGCAAUUUUGAAACUGAUAAUUUGUUACUGGAUAUUAAAGAUAUUUGUAAAAGCAAUGAACUAUUAGCAAAACAAAAUGAUCAAGUUGAUUUAUAUUUAAAAGCGAUUUCAUUAGUUGCCCGCAAGAAUCUAAUUAUUGAACACAGCUCAUUUGAUUUAUUGAUUUAUUCAGGUCACAAUGCAGUGAAAUUAGGUGGACACGAAGACGAGUAUAUUUUUGCUAUCAGAAUUUUUACAACUUGUCAGUGGCUAUCGUUUCCAUCAAAGAUUUGGAAAAUUAUAAUACGUGUUAUAGAUAGUGAAAAAUCUUCUUCAAACUGUGAAGUUUAUCCAAUUAAAGCUAAUUCGUUUAAUUUUAAAGAACCAUUGGUGUUAAGGCAUCAUUUGCCUUCCACUAUUGCUGAGAACAUUACAUCUGGUUUUGUUAACUGUGAAUUUGUAUGUAGCGUGCCGAAUACGUUAGGAUUUGAAAACCAUUGUAUGAUUAUUCCAUUACGUCCUGUAAAAUUAAAUGCUUUAUACUUUGUUAAAGUAGAAAACUCCAACAAAAUUCCCUCGAUAAAUCCUUUAGUACAUCAUUACAGGUGCAUUUUUAAAUAUCCAGAGCAAAAAUCUCUCGCUGACUGUUUAAAAAUAAUAAUGAACAAAAAUAAACACAGAACGUCAAAAUCCUUAUACAAAAAUAUUAUUGAGCAAUUGGGCAAAUCGUUUUAUUUAAACUACUUUGGUAAAACUGUUUCUGUCGUCUUUGAUGAUAAAAUUAAAAAGAUAAUUUUAGAAAGUUAUGAACACAACACUCUAAUAUCAGUUCGUAAUGGAAUCAUUAAUGAGUUGUGUGACGACAACCCUGCCAUUAUAAACUGUAAUGUGCUCGCAGAUAUCCAAAAAAACAUUUGUUUGAUAGAACAAUUAUCACUAAAAGAUCAAUGUAACAAAAAAAUCAUGAAGAAUGUUGUUGAUUGCAUUCAAAAACAAAUAAGUGCUGAUCUACCUGUAUAAUAUUUAUAUUGGUACUAUUAUAGUUAACAUUCAAACCGUUACUGGAUGUUGGAAACAUUAUUAAAUUUUAUAAAUGU